CUUGACACUUUCAUAAGUCAUAACCUCAAUUUCAUUGUAUUAAUUGAGAAGUUUUUUCGCUAAUAUUAACCUUUUGAUAAGUAAUUGCAUGAUAUUUCCACACAUACUGAUAAAUACACUGCGUAACAUAAAAUUUUUCAACACAAAAAAUGCCAACGCUAAUUAAAACCCAGGCGGCCUUCGACGAAGCCAUCAAAUCCCCGGAACUGUCGGUAAUACAUUUCCAAGCGGAUUGGGCCGAUCAGUGUGCCCAAGUCAACGAUGUACUGGACACUUUGUCCAAACAAACCGAUUACUCCGAUGUGAAAUUCUUCACUUGUCCUGCCGAGGAACUGAGUGAAAUCUCUCUGAAAUAUAACAUAGAAGCUGUGCCCACUGUGUUACUAUUCCGAUCGGGAAAGAAGUUGGACAGGGUGGACGGGGCGGAUGCCGCAAAAAUCACUGAAAAAGUGAAAGAGUUCAAAAGUAAUGGCGGAAAGGGGCGAGAGGACUCCCUGGAGGACCGAUUAAAGGCCCUAAUAAACAAAUCGAAAGUGAUGCUUUUUAUGAAGGGGGACAGGAAUAAGCCCAGGUGUGGCUUUAGUAGGCAGAUAAUUGAGAUUUUACAGCAAGCAGGGAUUUCUUAUGAGACAUUUGAUAUAUUGGAGGAUGAAGAGGUGCGCCAAGGCUUAAAAUCUUACUCCGAUUGGCCUACAUACCCUCAGUUAUAUGUGAAUGGUGACCUUAUAGGAGGAUUGGAUAUAGUGAAAGAAUUAUCUGCGUCAGGUGAAUUAGUAUCAGCCCUAAAAGGUUAAAUUGAUAUGUGAGUAACAUGUAUGACUGCUUUUUCAUAAUAAUAAUUAAUAUGUAGUAAGUAAUUUAUUAAUAAAAUGGGGUUGUAACUAGUAAA